AUGGCAUCUAAUACCGAAUCUCGGCCACCAAAGCGCAGCCGAAUAUCCGAGUCGUGCAAGUUAUGCCGAUCGAAAAAGACUCGAUGCGACGGACAACGCCCGAGAUGCUCACCAUGUUUAAGCAAGAAUGCUCCAUGCGAAUACAACGAGCCGGGUGUUCCAAUUUCUAGUGAGAUUCUAGCCAAGAUUGCACUCCUUGAUGAGAGAGUGCAACAGUUGGAAGCCGAAUCAAUUGCUAGACAAUCCCGGGCUACUUCGACCACUUUUCCAUCUACAUCUAAACUGCAGGAUGAACAGUCAUUGGCUUAUGCUGACAACCCAACUGCGCAGUUCAUUUCAUCUGUUACGCAGGCCUCAGCUACCGAUCAGAGCGACCCUAAAGUUCAAACGCACCAUGGGCCUCACCAGAUCGCAUCAUCUAACGGUAUAAUCCCACUUCAAGUCAGCCUCCCACCGAGAGAAAUUGCCGAUGACUUUGUUGACUGCUAUGAGAGAAUGGUAUAUCCCAUAUUUCCUGUCCUUCAUCUACCAACCUUCAAAAGGAGAUAUCUUCAACUCUGGGAACGUGCUUCCAGCGCUCAAGCUGUAGACACAACCUUUAAAGCAACUAUCAAUAUGGUGUUUGCUCUGGGUUGUGUGAACAGUUCCAAGAUCGAGCCAGCCCUCAUACUAAAGACAGCUAGCACGUUUUAUGACCGCGCUCGUGGUAUCAUGCCCCUAGACUCACUGGAUAGUCCAAGCAUUGAGGUGGUUCGGUAUCUCCUCUUGACAGGUAAUUACCUAAGCUUUACCAAAUACUCCAAUCGAUAUUGCAACACAAUGGCUGUGGCCAUUCAGGUUGCACAGACCAUAGGUUUACAUCAAGCUCAGAAGCCACCUUCGUCAAACCAGCUACAACUAGAGAUGGGGAAACGAGUCUGGCAUUUAUGCUUGACUAUGCAAAGAUUGAUGUCAUCACUUUUUGGAUGGAGCAGUUUAGUGAUGCACGAUAACACAUGCCCACUCCCCGAAAUGAUUGACGAUGAGUAUCUUCUAGAAGAAGGGGUUGGCAUUCAACCACCGGGCAGACCUUGUUUGUUGGACGCCCUGGCGAUCGGUGCUCGAAUUUUCAACGUUGUGGCCGAGGCUCGUGAGGUCAACAUCACCUCGUUUACCGGCGAAGCAAAGAUGCCAGAGCUGACAAGUCUAAUUGAACUCGACGGAAAACUCAACAAUAUCGAAGCUGAUCUGCCACAUCAUUUAAGGUACGAUUCGAAUGUGGGGGAUACCCCAAGAGAUAAAGUACUUAGGUUCCAGGCCGAAGUGACGAAUUUGAGGAUUAUUUACGUGCGACUGCUGCUCCUGCGACCCAGUCUACUCGCAACAGCCCGACAGCUUCUAACAAACCGAGAACCAGAACCCGACAUUCAACAAUCCCGCAUUGAAAUUACUCUGCGUGAUGAAACUUAUCAAAUUUGCGUUCAUAAUGCCCUCUCAGCACUUGACAUACUGCACACAAACCUCCAAUCUUCGGCAAAGAUUAUUAGUGCAAAUGCCCUGCAUGUUACUCUCUCGGCGACAACAGUAUUGAUAGCAUCUUCAAUUAUACCCUCGAUCGGUGGCAAUUUGGAAGAAGUUACAUCUCCUCAUGCACUCGGCGUCAUGAAGGCAUUUGAGAUCCUUGAGGCACAUGAACCGCACGUCGAGGGGGCUGCUGAGACUCGGAACAAGUUGCAGCAGUUUUUAGAAACUACCAAGAAUGCAACUAGAAUUCAACAGGGAGCACGAGUCCAAGAUAAUCCCAGCGAGGAUCAAAGUUCUGCUACAUUUACGAACUCUGAAGAAGGAGAUCUCUUUAGUGGGAUUGAUCUCAGUGGUGAUCUGUGGGAUCUUACAUUUGAUGGCUUGUUAUACUUGUAG